CUUUCAGCCUCAUAAAGACCUAACUAGCACUUUGCAAGGCUCAGUAAAUUUGCACAGUAUAUCAUCUGAAACGCUUUGCUAUCAAGAAUCAUGGAAACAAUGCUUGUGAAUAUCAAGAAAUGGGUAGAAGAAAACAGAGCUGCUUUUCUGCCUCCAGUAUGCAAUAAGCUUAUGCAUCGCCAUCAGCUCAAUGUAAUGUUUGUUGGAGGGCCAAAUCAAAGGAAGGAUUAUCAUAUUGAAGAAGGAGAAGAGUUAUUUUACCAGCUGGAGGGAGACAUGUGCCUGAAGAUAAUAGAAAAUGGAAAACACAAGGAUAUUCAAAUUAAAGAAGGAGAGAUGUUCCUCUUACCAGCCAGGAUACCACAUUCUCCUCAAAGAUAUGAAAAUACUGUGGGGUUGGUUAUUGAGAGGAAACGAUUAAAGACGGAAACUGAUGGGCUGAGAUACUAUGUUGGGGAAUCAGCUGAUGUCCUUUUUGAAAGAUGGUUUUACUGUGAUGACCUUGGUACCCAACUUAGCCCAAUAAUGCAAGAAUUUUUCAGCUCAAAGCAGUAUCAAACUGGAGAGCCCAAUCCAGAUGAACUUUUAAAAGAAACUCCUUUCCCACUAAAUGACACCAAGGUUAUGAAUCCCUUUUCCUUGCAAGUGUGGUUGAACAAUCAUCAAGAAGAUCUAGUUCAGAAGAAGUCCUUGAGGCUAUUUGAGGAAAACUUUGAAACUGAGGUUAUAAUUUGGGGACCAGGAAUAAGCAAAGAGGAAGGAAAGAAUGCAGAUAUAUGGAUAUGGCAGAUGGAAGGCACAUCUGUUGUUACGGCAAACAGUAAAACCCUGACUCUAAUGAAUGGAGACAGUCUUCUCAUCCCAACACAGAAAAAAUUUGAGUGGAAGAGAUCUAAAGGAUCAACUGCUCUCUACAUUGUUCAGGACCCAAAGAAGAAAAGACCUUAUGCCUGAGUCCUGUUGAACACAAACUAUACUGAUUACUUUUGUUGUUGUUGUUAACCACCUUCGAGUCAAUCUCAGCUCAGGACAACCCUGUGGAUGAGACACCUCCAAGAUUUCCUAUCCCCCACUGCUCUGCUUAGAUCCUAUAAAUUCAUAAUUGA